AUCAGAUAAAUUGAAAUGGUAUAUCUGUACAUUUUCAAAACAUCUAUUCAUGUGUAUUUUAUCUAUUUCUGUGUUGUUGCCUUUAGGAGAAAGCUCAAAGCUGACUUAUCUGCAGCAUUUCCUUCGCUGUCUGCUGAUGAACUGUCUGAACUGGUCCCCAAUAAAGAGGAACUAAAUGUUGUCAAGAUUUAUGCACACAAGGGAGAUGCUGUGACAGUUUACGUUCUUCAUAAAAAUCCAUUGUUCUUUGAAGUGGAUAAAAAACUUUUUCCUACAGUGUAUGUUCUUUGGCGAUACCCCGCUCUCCUACCAGCCUUCAAGACAUGGCCUCCUGUUCUUCAGAAAUUGACUGGAGGGGCAGAUCUCAUGCUCCCAGGUGUGGUGGUGCCUUCAUGUGGUCUCCCAGAUGUGAAACAGGGGGACAGCUGUGCUGUUACAUUAGUGAACAACAGAGCACCUGUUGCAGUUGGAACAGCUGCCGUGGCCGCUGAACAGAUGCACAGUUUGGGUAUGAAAGGAAGAGGAGUCUGCAUUCUUCACACGUACAUGGAUUAUCUCUGGGCUUUUGGAGAUAAGUCAGGUCCUCCUUCUUUACCAGAUGCAGAAAGUGAAGCACAUGGAGAGAACGGUGAGGAAUGUGAAAUCAGUGACAAAGAGGAGGAGGAAGUUGAUAAGUGUGUGGAGGAGCAGUACAGUCCAGAGGAAACGGUCACAGAUCAAGCCCAUUCUGGUUUUGAGGAGCUGAGCCUAGUUGAACAGGAUGAAGAGAAGGGCGAAAAGAGCAAUGAGAAGGAGGAGGAGACCCAGGAUGAGCAGAAAACACCACAAGAGGUAAUGGACGCCAUGCUGUUGCAGUGCUUUCUUCAUGCCCUAAAGAGCAAGGUGAAGAAGUCAGAGCUCCCUCUACUGACGAGUACAUUUCUCCGCAACUAUAUGUUCUCCUGCUGCCCAAGUGGAAAGCAACUUGAUAUCAAGAAGUCGAGCUAUAAGAAGCUUUCCAAGUUUCUACAAACCAUGGAGCAACGGUAUAACAUUGUGCGAGUAAAGGAACUCACCAAGGGUGUGGAGAGUAUUGUGGAGGUGGACUGGAAGAAUCCAGAACUGCGUUCCUUCAGCUUUCCCGAGGACACAGAUGUUGAAUCGACUCCGCUGCCGGAUGGAGAGGAAGGAGAAAUUCCGUAUCAUCCUCCAGAGAUCACAACUCUGUACUCUGUGUCUGCUCGGCUGGAGCCUCUCUUUCUGAAUGCAAACAAGAGGAAAGGAGCAACACUGCAUCCUGCUGAAGUAAGAAGCAUUGUCACGGAGUAUGUGAAGAGCAAUGAGCUGGUGGAUGAAAAUAAUAAGAAUUACGUGACCAUCAACCCAACUCUGUGUGACUGCUUACUGGAGAAAUCAGAGUAUCAGGAGGUAGUCUCUCUCAAAUGGGAUGACCUCUUUAGCAGGACACUGGGAAGAAUGCAGGAGUGCUAUCAAGCUGUGUUUCCAGGGCAACCACCUAUAAUAAAGAAAGGCCAUAUUGAGCCCAUAGACAUUACUGUGGCUUCUCGAGGCUCGAAUAAGAAGGUGACUUUGAUAAAGAACCUGGAAGUGUACGGGUUGGAUCCUGCAGUUGUCGCCAGUGUUUUGCAGCAUAGAGUUCAGGCCAGCUCUGUCUUGCAGCCUGUCCCCGGAGCCAAGGACAGAGUCUUGGUCCAGAUCCAAGGCAACCAGAUUCAACAAGUUGGCAAAUUGCUGCUCGAUCAUUAUCAGAUUCCUCGGAAAUAUAUUCAAGGACUAGAAAAACCUCCAAAGGGUGGCAAGAAAAAAUAGUAUUUCAUCAAAUUGUACCAGCUGUUUUAAGUGUUUAACUGUUUUAUUGUAUGUAAACACAACUACAAUAAACUCUUCACUGUCCAUUAAAUAAAGCCGAUCUGGUGUCAAAUGCUAAAGGUGGAUGAAUGAAGUUCUCAUAGUUGUUCUGCUGUGGCUCCCAAAUGUAUUUCAUGUUAAAGUUGAUGAUGGGGUCAGCCAAAACGACCAAUAUGUUUUUCCCUGUAAGGUAAUUGGAUUCUGAUGGCAACAAAGAACAUUGAGAGGAAACAAUUUCCUUAGCUUUAGACGUACUAAGCAACACCUCUGUCGGCAUGUGCGUCCUAACAGCUGACUGUAUGCAGUUUUGUCAGCAGGCACACCAUUAAAGUGUCAUAUAUUCAACUGGAAUAAGAAAUCACUGGAUGGUGUAAGAAUGAACACCAUCAUAACAUCAGACUGUUACAAAAAAAGGAAACAAAAAACACCUGCUUGAAACAGAUUUCUCUUUCUAGUUUAUUUGUAAUUUAAUAUCACCCAAACUUACAAUCACGGCAUCAGCAGUGAUUAUUCUUGGCCAUAGUCGAGGUUUUUUUUAAAGUAAUCUGCACAAGAGUCUUUUUUUAAUCUUGUGCAUACACGCAUUGGAACUAAACACACCACUAAAGAAGGUUAAACACUGGUUUAACACCUUUAUUUAAAUCCCUGCUGCUGCUUUCUGGACUAAUUGACAGCAGACUAAGGAAGACGUGUUUUUUUGUUUUUACUUAGAUGUAAAGAGCAACACUGGAUGACUUUGGAGAUCUUGAUCAAAAGUACACCAUUAUUUGAAGCAAAUAAUUUUAUAUUGAAUUGUACUAGCUGAGUAGAGUCGUAGAGGCUGUUGUGGUUGUUCGGCUUAACGGGAAAGUACAGCUGUGAAUCAUCAACAUAACAGUUUCAAGAAAUACCCUUGAAGCUGUUAAGCAGGUGGCCGGGGAAUAGGGAAUAGGUGCAAGAAUAGAUAGAAAUACUCUACAGCAUGUAAAGCAAAAACAAAGAUUCAACAAUUCUAACAAGCUUGACAGUCAAUAUUUGGUAUGACCAGCUUUAUUCUUGAGCUCUCAAGAUUUCUUGUAGUUUUUUUAGGAAGUCUUCAGGAAUAUUUCCCCAGGAUUCCUGAAUAACAUUCAAGGCUCUUCUUUUGAUGUUGGCUGCCAUUUGUUCCAUUCUCAGUCAAGAUGAUCGCACAUUGCUUUAGUAAUAUUGAGGUCAAGGCUCUGGGGACUGUCGCUGUCUGUUUUUUCUAUCCAAGCAUGCUUUUACUGCACUUUCAGUGUGUUUGGGAUCAUUGUCAUGCUGAAAAACAAAGCCGUUGCCAAUCAAAUAUACUUCCCCAGAUGGUUUUGUAUGGUGGCUCAAAUUCUGACUGUGCUUUUCUGCAUUCAUAAUCCCAUUCAUUUUGACAAGCUCUCCAACACCACUGAUGAUGAUUUGAAUUAAAAAUUUACCCCAAAA